CACUUUGCGCAAGGGGGUAAAGAGCGAUCAGUGUAGCACAGCUAAAGUAGAAACUCGUCAGACGCUGUGGAUUUUACUGUUGCAAAUACGAAUCAGCUGUAUCGUCGUACAAUACUACGCCAACGCGCACACGCAUAGUCGUUUACUUUUCACGAGUGUUCGCUGAUAGCUUGGUGUCGCGCGUGUGUGAGGCCUAGGUGCGUCCAGGCUGUCUCUUUUCAUAUUAACCGCAGAGACGCAGGCAAAAAGGCGCAGUUGUUAAUAUACGCGAUAUAGUUCGGCUCUCCCGUGUACCGGCUAUCAUCGUUCAGUCGACGUCAUUGUUUUCAUUGUGUGUCAACACUGGCUGCGCAAUGUCGUUCUUUGGAGUCAACGUUACCAAUCCGUUUACCUCGCCUGUUGGCCAGAGGAUAGAGCAAGCCACCGAUGGCAGCCUACCCAGUGAAAAUUGGGCACUCAACAUGGAGAUAUGCGAUAUCAUUAAUGAGACUGACGAAGGACCAAGAGAUGCCAUCAAGGCUAUUAAGAAAAGACUCAGUCAGGCAGCUGGCAAGAACUACACUAUUGUCAUGUACACUCUUACUGUACUCGAAACGUGUGUCAAAAAUUGUGGAAAACGCUUUCAUGCACUGGCCUGCUCCAGAGAAUUUGUCCAGGAAUUGGUUAAGCUAAUAGGUCCCAAGAACGAACCUCCUACAGCAGUGCAAGAGAAAAUAUUAAAUCUCAUACAGACCUGGGCAGACACAUUCAAGAAUCAAUCUCAUACACAAGGUGUUGUACAAGUAUAUCAAGAACUCAAGUCCAAAGGAAUUGAUUUUCCCAUGACUGAUUUAGAUGCCAUGGCUCCUAUUAUUACUCCUGAAAGGAGCGUACCAGAAGUAGUGGAUUCAGGAUCAGCCGGAGCAGCGGCAGCAGCUGCAGCGAUACCGACCACAGGAGCAUCCUCGACUUCAUCAUCGGCAGCAGCGGCAGUAGGAGCAGCGAUGUUAACAGCGGGACCGACUCGUCGCGUACCAGUGCAACCGAUGCAAUUGAGCGAGCAGCAGAUGCUCAAAUUGCGCGGUGAACUGGACAUUGUACAUGGCAACAUGCGUGUUCUUUCAGAAAUGCUCGCUGCCCAUUCAAGUGGGGUUCAAGACAAGGCCGGCAGUGAGCUUGUACAAGCUCGAGAGGAUAUGGAACUCCUUACGGAAUUACACAACACAUGCAAAUCGAUGCAGGAACGCGUAGUCUAUUUGAUCGGCAAGCUGGCACACGACGAACUUACAGCCGAACUGCUGCAGAUUAACGAUGAAAUGAACAAUCUGUUCCUACGUUAUAGACGCUUCUCAAAGAACAAACAGGUGCCAGCGAGUGCAUUGGUGGCACAAGCGAUUGGUGCCAAUCAGUCGAUGGCAAAUGCCGCUGCCGUUAAGAAAAAACUCGAGGCUGGUGAUUCACUUAUAGACCUUUCUGACGACGAGGCUGACGCUCAAGGCGCCGCUGCCCUACCUCUCAAUGCUAUAGAGAAACGUAUUAAUGAUUUAGGUAUCGCUGAUAGUGAGGACACGAUGUCGUCUCGGCGAAAGGAUCACGAAAAGGAUGAAUUCGACGCGUUUGCUCAAGCGAGAACUGCCAGUUUCGACGCAGCUAAAAACAGGCGGGGAAGCGAUGAUGAGGCAGAUCCCAGCUCAUCUCGUGCGAAAAAUCCAACCGACAAAUCGGUAACGUCCUCAGAGUUCGAGCGAUUCCUAGCGGAGCGCACCGCAGCAGUGGCUAGUGAAAUUGGUGGCGGUAGCAGAGCUACGACAUCGAAUGGAGCCAGUAGUGGUGGUGGAAGUGGCAACAGCAAGGACCAAGAAGACAAGUCGUUGUUUGCCCUUUAAACGAAAAUUCACCACACCUCCAUC